UUCUCUUUUAUCUUCUUCAGUCUUCAAACACGAGCGCUCAAUCUUCUGAUUUCCAUUUCGCGGGAGUUGAAGAAGAAGAGUCAGAUUAAGAUCGAAUUCGCUCGACCGGCAAAACCUUGUAAGAGUCUUUGGGUGGGUGGAAUCCGCCCUAGUGUUUCAAAGGAUGACCUGGAGGCAGAGUUCAGGAAAUUUGGGGAAAUCGAAAACUUCAGGUUUCUUAGGGAACUCAAGACAGCCUUCAUUGACUUUUAUAACAUGGAAGAUGCAAUACAAGCUAUGAGCAUGAAUGGAAAGAGAAUGGGCAGUAGCUAUUUGCGAGUUGAUUUUCUUCGAUCACAAGGGCCACGGAAAGAACCAUGGCCUGGCUCUGUUGAUGGCAUGGAUGGCAGUUUGAGUGCUAAACAACAGUACGCUCACUCAUUUGGAGAUGGUAAAGGAGACGGCCAACCAAGUAAAGUACUGUGGAUUGGAUACCCUCAUUCUGUUCAGAUUGACGAACAGAUGCUACACAAUUGCAUGAUACUCUUUGGUGAAAUUGAGAGAUGUAUUAGUUACCCAUCAAGACAUUUUUCGCUUGUUGAGUUUAGGAGCGUUGACGAAGCCCGCUGUGCUAAGGAAGGACUACAGGGAAGGUUACUGAACGAUCAAAGAAUCACAAUAAUGUACUCAAACGAUGACAUUCCCCCUGGACGAGUAGAUGAUACCGGUUUUCAUUCUGCUGCCAAACGAUCAAGGCCUGAGAUGUUCAUCAAUGAUCCUCCAUUUAUGUCGUCACCACAUUCUAGCGGGAUUUGCGGCCCUAUGAGGCCUUUUCGAGGAAGCGUUGAACGUUCACAUAGUGGUCUAGAAUAUAGUGAUGUGGUUGGUACGAAAGGAAGCUGGGGGAGGCCAUCUCCAACUGGAGCUGGAAAACUCCAGGCUCCUGCACCAAAUACAAGGCUACCUGUUAGGUCAACCCUUGGUUCUUGGGAAGGAUAUGACCCUGCUGAGUUGGAUACAAAACCCAAAAGAACCCGUAGAGAUGAAUCAGUUGAUGCUUUUCCUUCAAUGGGUGUAGAUGAUCGUGUCACUGUGUUCAACAGGUCAUAUGGGUGUGGUUCAGUUGCAGUGAGGUCUGGGCGUGGUUUCCCUGAUGCUGAUUUCAUGUGGAGAGGAAUCAUUGCCAAAGGUGGAACUUCUGUUUGUCAUGCUCGUUGUGUAGCUAUUGGAAAGGGGAUUGAAACUGAACUCCCUGAGACCGUCAAUUGUUCAGCAAGAACGGGUUUGGAUAUGCUUGCCAAACAUUACGCCGAAGCCAUUGGAUUUGAAAUCGUUUUCUUCUUACCAGACAGAGAAGAUGAUUUCGCGUCUUAUACUGAAUUUCUCCGCUACCUUGGUUCAAAGAAUCGAGCAGGUGUGGCCAAGUUAGACGAUGGAACCACUUUAUUUUUGGUUCCUCCAUCCGAUUUCUUAACUGAUGUGCUCAAAGUGUCUGGCCCAGAACGGUUAUAUGGUGUUGUUCUCAAGUUGCCCCCACCCCAGGUUCCUUCUGUGGUAUCGUAUAAACAAGAAUCUCAUCCCAUUCCUCAAUCUUAUCUGGAGCAAUCUCGGAGUUCACCUCCCAAUGCCCAUCACGGUUUGUAUGCCGCUAGAGAAGAUAGAGCUGUGUUUGAUUACAACAGAGGUAUGCAGGAAGAAUCAAAGCCUCCCCCAAAAUCGUUUCUCGGUCCUUCUAGCGAGCCAGUUUCUGUACCUAACACUGCAAUGCCUCGAGCCAGGGUUAGCCUAACGCCUGAGCUAUUAGCCACUCUGGCCUCCUUGCUCCCAACAACUUCUCUACCUACUGCCUCUGAAAGUCAACAGCUGGUUGAACUGUCCAAUGGAGAAGGUCCGACACAUUCUUGGAAUCGAGAUCAAUCAACGGGUUCUGACCGAUCAAAUCUAUCAUUCCAGCAAUUAGGCAGCCAAUACAAUCCGGUGGGGCAACUACCUCCUCCUCCUCCACUUCCUCCUCCUCCUAGGCAUUAUCCUCCGGUGUCAAGCACACGAAGCUACUCCAGUGGGAUGGUCCAUGGUGGUAUGCAAUAUCAAGCACCAUUUGUUAGUACGCCUCUGCAAGCUCCGUUACCUAAUCCUCCAUCGAAUAAUUAUGCAAUGUACUCUCAAGAUUCACAUCAAGAUGUUUCUCAACCCAUGAGACAGCAAAAUCAGCCUGAAGCUCCCAUGCUUAACCAAAACUACAUAUCGGCCCCUAUAGCUGAGAACCCUGGUUUGCAUGGUUAUCAACAAGAUAAUUAUCAUGGUCUGACAAAUAAUCAAGGGCAUAACGCAAAUACUUCCAAAUCUCAAACUGUGAUGCCACCAUCAGUUAACUUGACAAACUUGGAUCCGUCUAGCCAAGCACAGCUGCAGCUUCAGCCUUUGCUCUCUGGAGCUGGACAAGGUACAUCAGAUGGUGAGGUUGAUAAGAACCAGCGAUACCAGUCUACUCUACAGUUUGCGGCUAAUCUGCUUCAACAGAUUCAGCAACAGCCAUCAAAUGCUUCGACUGGACAAGGCCCUGGAGACUAGCUCCAAAUGGCUUCAUAAUCGAUAGGUGGGUUUUAGUGUUGCCGUUUUUGACAUGCCGACCGUUAUUGUUAUGUUACAUGUUGGGAUGGAGAAAGUGUGUUGCCAAGGGAUGAUAUCGCAUAGAGCUUCUUUUGUCCGAACCAGACGAGACAAGGGGCAUCACUUUGAUCAAUGUAUCCCUUUUGGAAAACAAAAAAUAUGCAUUCUACCUGUUAUUAUGUACAAGGCUGUACAAAUUGUGUGCUUUUAGAUUCUAUUGAGUAAUCAAAUUCUAUUA